AUGCUCAUAGACACCGACGCCAGGGCUAAUACCACAACCCCAACCACAAACACCGCAACAACACUUGGGUUCAGUGCUGCGUUGCCUGUAGUAUCGACUGGAGAUAAGACAGACCACCAAUCAGAUGGUGUAGAAUAUCCAGCGGAGCCGAAGAGAAAGAGU